AUGGCUGCAUAUAUGGCCCUGAAAAAAGCUCAACGGGAGCAAGAAGCCGCACAGGAAGCUGCACAGGAAGCUGCACGUGUAUUGGGGGAUGCAGAAGAAGAUGUUAAUACUCAUGAUGGCACCAUUAAAACUACUCCAGAUAAACCCAAGAGGCGUAGGGGACCUUCAAGAAUGAACCAUGUGUUCACAAGAAAAUUGGAGGAUAGACCCGUGAUUACCUUGAAUAGCAAGCUUCAGCCAGUGGCUGAAACUCGUGAAAUAAGAGCCGAGUUGAGUAGUUUUGUGGGGACACUAGCAAGGCAAUGUGUGCCACUUGAUUAUGUAAAUUGGAGCGCAGUUCCCGAGAGCCACAAAAAUGGUUGGUGGGAAUAUGUCAAGACAAAGUACAUCAUUCCUGAUGAUGGUAAGGACUGGUUACUAAGGACCAUGGCUGAGUUGUGGAGGAUUCACAAGAGCCGUGUGAAGACAGAAUAUUAUACAAAAUACGAAACUGAUGCGGAAAGGUUGCAAAACAGGCCAAAUUGGAUUCCACUAGAAAAAUUCAAAGUUCUGAUGGAAUAUUGGGGUGAUAAAAAAGUGACAAAAACGGCGAGGACAAAUGCAGAAAAUCGAAAAAAAGUCACUGACGUGCACAAUGCGGGUCGUACAAGUUUCGCACAGAUUGGUAAAGAUAUGAAAAAUAAAAAGAAGAUGCCUGAGACCCCUAGAAAAGGACAUAUCUACCCCAAAACUCGCAAGAAUCCUACUGAUCAGGUUGAUGGUGAUGCUGAAAAAAAUGUUGAGAGUGAACCGGAAGAAGUUGAACUGGACUUUCAAGGUCAUGGACCAAACUGGUUGCUUGGGAGGACUGGACUAACGAGAAAAACCAGGAAAGCUGCCAUGGAAAAGGCGAAGACAAAAUCUGCAGAAGUACUAUCAAAGUUAGCUGCUCAAAUGGAGGACAAAAUGAACAAGAAGCUGGAGAAGAUAUUGGGAAAAUUGGCUGAGCAGAAUCCAUCGCUGAAUAUCAAUGUGAAGGAGUUGUUGGCUGUUGCUUGUGUUGAGGGCGAAGGCGAGACUGCCACAGAUGGAGAGGAAGGAGUAGAGCAAGGAGUAGAGCAAGGAGUAGAGGAAGAAGCUGAUGCGUGACUUUGGAUGUGAAGAUGAUUAAACUAACUAAGAAUAUUUUGGUCUAUGCGUGUAAUUAACUUAAGAACGCACAUGUGCAAAAUUUAGCCUUUUGCUUGAACGUACUUUUGUGUUUCUCUGUUAGACUUGGUAAUGUGCUCAUGUUGGAACAGCAGUAAUAGAUAGGACUAUUGUACUGCUUGUUGGCCUUUUGGAUUGGCAAUGUUGGAUUGUGUUUUGAUAUACCAAUUAAAUUUGGUGGUUGUUAAUGAAAUGUAAAGGUCAUGCCA